UGUAGGGGAGGUGAAGACGCAGCGGGAGGAGCCCAGCGCACACUCCGGGAGGCACACGCCCAGGAGCCGGGCUCAUGAGGCCGGUUGGGAGCAGGUGGCCCCGUGGCUUCUGGCUCACCCCCUUCGUGCUCUUCUUGGGCACCGCCUGCAGCCUGCAAGGCCCAGGUGUGGGUCUGUACAUCGCGCAGGAGGCCAUCAACGCCACGGUCACAGAGGACGUCCUGCUGUCUGUGGCCUACUCCUGCCCUGGCGUGCCCACUAUUGAGUGGCGACACGCGUCCAGCCGGGGCGCGCGGCGCAUUGUGGCGUGGCAGCCGGGGACGCAGGCGGACGUGGCCCCUAGCCACCAGCACCGGGUCUGCACCUUCGACAACGGCUCCCUGCAGCUGCUGCAGGUGGGCACCCGCGACGCCGGCGUCUACGUGGUCACCGUUUCUGAGCAGCUGGGCGGCAGUCGCCUCGGCACCAUCGCAUUACACGUGUCGGAGGUCCUGUACGAAGACCUGCACUUCGUGGCUGUAGUGCUGGCCUUCCUGGCCGCCGUGGGCACUGUGCUGGCUGGUCUCCUGUGGGUGUGCAGCAGGUGUGGCCAACUGCGGCGACACCCCUUGGCAGCUGGCAGCAGCACGGAGCGGGUGGAGCUGCAGGACAUGGACUGCUAGCCGGGUCCUCUGUGCCACGGGGCAGGGCAGAGCUGCUACUUCGCCCCCUUGAACCCCCCAACUCCUCGUGCCUGGCCACUGGGCACUCACCUACUCAGCUGGACCUGCCCCAGAGAAGCCUGAAGUUUCUCCGAGGACCCAAAUGCCACCCUGCCCCUGAGCCCGGGCAUAGGCUGCUGUUGGCAGGGCUCCCUCUGGAGUCUCCUCCACAGUGCUCGCUAUUCGCCAGUCCCACCUUUCCGUUGACUCAGCUCAGCUCUCCUCGGGCCCCUUUCACAGCUGUGCUGUUUGCUGGCUCCUCCCAUACCUCCACACGUCGAGCCUUUGAGUGAAGACAGCUCUGCCUCCGAGGGGUCCGAUGGGCAUCCUGAGUCUGCAGGGGGCACUGGUCCAGUGCCCAGAGCCCUCCCCAAGGACCUGCACACGGCCACCAAUGCUCCCAUGUGCCCAGUGUGUGACUCCUGACGACCAUGCGGAGCCAUUGGCCACAGGGAGGGCCCACGAAGAUGACUCCAUUUGCUGUCCUGUAAGACGUCGCUUUUCGGAAGGUCUUUGCACUGGUUUCGGGGAAGCUGUACCAGAAUCUUGCUGCCACUUUCAGGGCCGUUCCGAACUGUGGAG